AUGAGUGGCCUGGAGAGGACAUCUGCAGGGUGGAACAGACCCACUCACUCCAGGAGCAGCAGCACCGCCUCCUCCAGGCUCUCUCGACAGAACGUCAAGGACUGGGAGGUGAUGGAUGACAUCCAGGCUGAGAUGGCAUUGGGUGGGGAUCCUCUCCAGGAGGUGACCAUACCAGGAAUCUGUGAGGGCUACCUGAUGAAGAAGAGGAAGUGGCCCCUCAAGGGCUGGCACAAGAGGUAUUUCGUGCUGGACAAAGGAGUCCUCCGCUACGCCAAAACGCAGCAAGAUAUCGCGAAGGGCAAACUGCAUGGCUCCUUGGACAUCAGCCUGGCUGUCAUGUCUAUCAACAAGAAGUCCAAGCGCAUGGACCUGGACACUGGUGACAGUCUAUACCACAUAAAGGCAAAGAGCCAAGACAUGUUCUACAUCUGGGUGACCAAGCUGUGCGUCCACCGCGCAUACAAGAGGAACGAGGCAGCACACGUUCACACGGACUUCCUGCAAGCGCUCUCCCACACAGCCACCUCUGCGCAGAGGAAUGGUGCUGCAGCAGACAUCGCUUCCUGCUCCUCCUACCAGAGUGAUGCAACUCAGUGCCAAGGGGACCUGCUGCCCCAGGUGGAGAAGCCGCCAUCCGUGGCUCCGGGUGUGAACAGCAAGGUGUCUGCCUGGCUGCAGCAGACCCAGGAGGCCGACUGCUGCUUCCAUGAGCUGUCGCGCUGCCAGGCCGACCUCACCGAGCUGAACCAGCUGGUGCAGAAGCUGCGCUCUCUGGAAGGGAGCCAGAGCAUCACGAACGGAGACCUCCAGCGCUUCAUUAGCAUCCAGAAUCUGUCCUUAGAAAAGCCCAAGAAGAAGUCUGGAAAGAUCUGGAGCCAUUCUCGCACCUUGUCCAGGCCUUUUCGUGGGAUCACUAAAUCGCUGUCGUCCAGCCACCUGAACACCUCUUGCCACCUAGGGACUUCUGUCCCGUCCAUCCCAGACUACGUGUGCUCCCAGCUGACCCCUCCAAGUGUCACCUCCCCAGAGGGAAAGAAGAUCCAGCAGGACAUCUGCAAUGUCUCUCAGAGGGUUCAUGCAUCACUAAAGUCUGUGCAUGAAGCUCUGGCCCAGGAGCGCCAGAGGCUCCAGGAGGCCUGGACGAACCCAGACCUACACCAGCCCACCUCUCAGCAGCUGGCUACGCUCUGCUCCCCUCUGCCAGAGCUGGAGUUCCAAUCUUGUCUAACAAAUGUUCACACCCUUACACUGCUGUCGGCUGCGUGACAUGCGCUCCCGGUCCCUGUGACACCUGUCUCGGCCCUGCAGCCCAUGGCGCCCGUGGCAGGCAGCGCUCCCUCGGUGGCCGACUCCACGUACUACGAUGCGAGCGAUGACGUUCUGUGUGGGAGCUCCUCCGAGAACGAGGCGUCUGACGAGUCGGGGCUGAGCGACGCCACCUCCACCAAUUCCGAGCUGGACGAAGGCCGUGUGCAUUUCCCCCCUCCAACAACAGCAGCCACACUCGAGUACCACAACAGAUCGGGUCCACGGGCCCUACGCGGCACCGCAUCCAAGAGCACAGGGCGCCGCACUGCCCUGCCUGCUCCCUGCCCGGACAACAGCCACAUCGGUCUCAUGACCAUUCUGUACAACAACAUCGGGAAGGAUCUGUCGCGCGUCUCCAUGCCAGCCCCCCUCAACGAGCCCAUCUCCUUGCUGCAGAGGCUCUGCGAGGAGCUGGAGUACUCGGAACUGCUGGACACGGCAAGCUACACCAAAGACCCCUACGAGAGGAUGGUGUACGUUGCAGCGUUUGCCAUCUCCGGGUACGCAACUGCCCGAUACCGCAGCAGGUACAAGCCUUUCAACCCUGUCCUUGGAGAAACCUUUGAAUGUGAGCGUGAAGACAAGGGUUUCCGCUUCAUCAGUGAACAGGUCAGCCACCACCCUCCUGUCUCCGCUUGCCAUGCUGAAUCCAGGAACUUCUCCUUCUGGCAAGAUCAGAGGUGGAAGAACAAGUUUUGGGGUAAAUCACUGGAGAUCAUGCCAACGGGAAUGUUGAACGUCACUCUUCCAAGGUUCGGCGAUCACUAUGAGUGGAACAAGGUGGUUACCUGCAUCCAUAAUGUGCUGAGUCAACAGCGCUACCUGGAGCACUAUGGUGAGGUUGUUAUCCGCAACCUCAAGAGCUCCGUCUGCACCUGCAAAAUCACGUUUGUCAAGUCUCGCUACUGGGGCGCAGACAACAACAUGAAUGAGGUGCAAGCAGUUGUUCUGGAUCAAAGGGGCACUGCAGUCCACCGCUUUGGGGGCUUUUGGCAUGAAGGAAUCUACUGUAACACCCUGCCAACGCCCUGCUGUGUGUGGAAGCCAAACCCUCAGCCUGCUGAGCACUUCAUCUACUACGGCUUUUCAAGCUUUGCCAUGGAGUUGAACGAGCUGACCCCCGAGCUGAGGCCCCUUCUGCCCCCAACUGACACCCGUCUGCGCCCUGACCAGAGGAUGCUGGAGGAAGGGAAGGUAAGCGAGGCGGACAAGCGGAAGGACGAGGUGGAAGAAAAACAGCGCGAGCGCAGGAAGCUCCUGGCCAAGAGGGGAGAGGAGCACGUGCCUCGAUUCUUCAGGAAGUCCCUGGAUGCUGCAGGGAGGGAGGUCUGGGUAACCAAUGGAACCUACUGGAAAAUCCGUGAAAAUCCAGGAUUUGCCAACACAGAAAACCCUGGACUCUGGUGA